UCGAAAGCGCUGGCUGGCUCGGUUCGAGCCCUGGUGCGUGGGCGCUCUCUUUGCCUCGAGGGGUGCAUGAUUUCUCAACUUGCUUGCUCAUUCGGCACAUCACACCCUCGGCACCCAGCUGCGACAGAAACCCUUAAUCUCCUGGUGCACUCCGUGCAGUGGAUAUUGAAGCUCGUACGUCGCGUUGCAUCCACGCGAUUUUUACCUUGGCUGGCGCGAUGAUCGUUUUAUUUGGAAUUGGAUUUUUUUCAUCGAAGCUCGGAGUUCGUACUUUCGUCAGUCUAAGCUGCCCAUGAUUCUUGUGUGAACUGGCAAUUACGCUAGCGAUGAGUUGACCGCAGCCAGCUUCCGACCCCUUGUUGUCAGCUGAAUUCUGGCGAACUAAUCAGCGGGGUCGAGCGAUGGCUUGCUCUUCGAAUUGGGUCGCUCAUGUCGACGUCUAUGUGGAUCCUGAUUGUUCGACUAGCAAACAGGUCGAUAGUCGGAAUGCGAUAUCAAAGUUGUUGCUCGACAAAACCAUCACAAUUCAACAGCUGGUCCUUGUGGCGGGGAAGUACUUGACUUCCAAUGACAACGCGAUCCGGGCAAGAGGAUUGUUAUUACUAGCAGAGUUACUAGAGGACCUGGCAAAUACACCUAUGGAAGACACUGCCAUUCAUAGUCUCGCGUCUUUCUUCUCGAACCGACUUCAAGAUUGGCACUCCUUGCGUCCAGCUUUGAUUGGUUCCAUUGCCCUAGCAAGAAGACCUAAGCGAGUUGGAGCGGUCCAACCAGAGGACGCGGAGACGCUGGGCAGGUCUAUAAUAGAACAGCUUGAUGUCCAGGCUCUAAGUCAGAAAGAUCGGAUGCUCUCUUUGGAAUUGUACGAAUCACUCCUCACCCUGCAUGUCUCAUCUAUGGAGCCACUGGGUCCCGAGUUAGUUCUCGGAAUCAUAGCUGCCAUAGAGGAAGAGAAGGAUCCAAGGUGCAUAUUGGUCGCGUUUCGUCUCGUUGAGAAACUGGCUUCGAUUUUCCCAGAACCAGAUGGCCCUUUUGGAGAAAAUGCAGAGGAUAUCUUCGACAUUGUUAGUCGAUACUUUCCAAUCUCAUUCAAUACGCCUCAAGAUCCUCGAGGGAUUACUCGGGAGGACCUAAGUUCUGCAUUAUUGAAAGUCUUUACAGCAACUCCCUUGUUUGCUCCGUUUUGCUUCCCUGUGUUGCUGGAAAAGCUAUCGUCAACUCUUAAAAGAGCCAAGCUGGACGCUUUAAAUUACAUUGGUCACUGUGCACUCUCCUAUGAUCCUGAAGCGUUGUCAGAGCAUGCUGGUGACAUCUGGACGGGUUUGAAGUCUGAAAUUUUUCGACAAGAGGACGGAGUCUCCGAUCAGAAAGAUUCCCUUAUCCUUGAGGAGGCCUUUUCUUGUUUUGCUCGCUGCAUAGAGGCCUCACAAAAGGUUAGGACCAAUGAGGACGAUAUUACGGGAGAUUUCAUGAAACUAGUACUGGAAGACGACUGCGUUGUGGGGUUUUUGAGACGGGUGAAGAAUGAACUGGAUCAGGAAAUAGAUCCUGGAGACGGGAUCAAAACGUAUGCUUUGACGACAGAUGCACAGCUGCAGGCUGUCGGCCGGUUAUUAGGCGCUGCCGCAAGAGCGAGUUGUACUUCCUGUUACAUUGUGACGAAAACUUUUCUAUCCUCUCUUCUACCUUCAGUUGAAGUAGUUAGUCCCAAGUCCUCUGAUCAUCAAUCCUCUGAGAGUGUAGCUGCCAAAGGACAUAGCAUAUCUUUGGAGGCUGGUUUAUCGCUAACAGGACUGGAAGCUGUAAUAUUUGUCCUUGAAGGGGCGAGACAUUUGGCUAAUGUUCUAGCAGAUUCUUCGAAUCCAAGUUCAUCUGAAUUCGCCUUGAAGUACUGGUUGGACCCAGUCAUACUCGCUGCGCCGGUUCUGAUAGAUACGUUCUCCCGUGUCGUGGCGAGUGGAGUCGUGACAACAGUUCUAAAACUCGGUGUGGCUGGGCUGCAGGCUUUGGCAUCAUAUCCUGCUACUUUGUCACCCCUUUCUGAAGACCAGCUUGAGACUGUGCUUACGUUUCUUACAUCGACUUUUCUGGACCAAACCAAGGGUUCGGAAUUGAAAGAUCAAGCACUUGGUGCGAUUCUUGCUGCCAGCAAUCUGGAAGAGAAAUGCACAGAUUUACACCGUCAGGAAUUCUUAAGCAGCAGAGAGAAAGAGAAAGUGAGCGUUCUGAACGUAGUGCUACCCAAACUUUUGGACGCGGUGCAGGAAGCGUGUUCGCCUGAGCCCUUAGAUUUUCACUUGCGUGCUCUGGCUGCUCUCUCUGCUUCUCGAGAAUCCGUGCGAGAAAAAGUGUUGAAGGUGUUGGGCCAACUAGUCCCCAGCAAGCUUGGCCAAACGCUGGCCCUAGCUGACGGAAGUUUUGAGUUUGCCAAGGCGGUUAUGAUCUUUAGGUGUUUAAGUGGACAGAUCAUCCCCUUUUGCGAGAUUGGCAGCGUUGGUCAACUAGCCGCCUGUGAUGUGGUCAUGGACAUCUGGAGAUCAAUUGGGAGUCUACCUCAAUCCACUGUUUAUAUUGCCCCUGAUAUUCUUCUGCCCUUGAUGGAAGUGAUUCGGGUCACAGUGCAAAGAUGCCCUGAGAGAUUACAGAAGGAGAUUCUCACUAUGAGUCUUAGUGUUUUGCAGGGGGGAUAUUCCCCUGAGCAAAACACUAAGCUUAGUGGGGUCCGAUCUCUUAGCGCAAAACACAUGGAGGGUAAAGAAUGGCUCGUGGCCCUCGUCGGAUCUGUGAUAGUGGGGUUGCUUCCUUCAGUUUUGUUUGAGGAAAGAGAAAGCGUUUUACGGCUUUUAGUCAGUACAUCAGUUGCCAAUCUGGACCCCGUGAUUACAGAUACUGCCGCACAGGCCGCUGCCUCUAUGCUUAAUAAGUGGAAUGAAAAAAAAUCGGAAUCUGAAGAAGCUGGUAGCUUUCCCCUGAAGGAGGCGAUAACUAUCGCCGUGGAUGAAGGUUGGAUGCCCAUUAUUAAACAGGUUCGGCGAGACGGUACAGGGGAUAUGCCAAAUAGUUUUUGCGCAGAAGAUGCAGAAAAAUCAGCAGCCAGAUCUAUUUACGCGCUUGCAUUGGCGGGGAAAGGACUGGCAAUGAGAGGACACUCUAGAAUUGCUGAUAUAGCUGGCGCAAUGCUAAGAGUUCUUGAGUCUCUAGGGAAGCCUGUAGCGUACAGUGGUACGACUGACAGUUUUGAAAUGAAAGACCAAUCAGAUAAGUUAACCGAGUCCGCAGUUGGAAGGGCAGCAGUGGAGAGCUUUGGGCUUAUUGUCAAUGAACACGCCUCAUUUUUGAGCAAGAGUCAAAACGCUGUCAUCAGACCUCUAUACAAACAGCGGUUUUUCACCAGCAUACUCUCACCCCUCAUUGAAGCUGUGCGCCUUGAUAGCAACCAGUCGUCCAGGAUCUGGUUCUAUCGUUCAUUUGCAUGUCUUCUUUCUGGUACACCUCUUGGUGCUGUCUUGACAGAAGGGAAGAGGGUUUUUCCUUUAAUUCUUGAGGGUCUUUCGACCCUGUGCACAUAUCCAGAGGAUUCAGAAUAUGUACUUCAGCUCUUGCUGUCUUUAUCCUCGUUCCUUGUUGAUGAGAGUAAUGGCAGAAGUUUUGCAGCUGAAUAUGUACAGUCGAUGGUGAAUAGAUUGGUACCCGUUUCGCAGUACAAAUCAUCAAUGAUGAUUCGAGAAUCUGCGUUGCAGUGCUUAGCAGCCAUCGUGGGCUUGUCGUUCACCCGCGUAUUCCCUGUGAAAUCUCAGGUGAUGAAAGCGAUCACAAUAGCAUUAGAUGACAAGAAAAGAUUAGUGCGCAAGGAGGCCGUUCGAUGUCGUGAAGUAUGGUCUGCCAUUACCUCCACGUAGCGUUCACUUCCAAUGAGUUCAAAUUUGUACAGCAGGAAAAACCCAGUUUUGCAUAUUUUGUAGUCAGGUUCGGGUUCAGGUUGCACCACGGGCAACAUUUUGGUCAAUGUUCAACUUAGGAAGGAACGCGUUUGGUGGAUGCCAGAAGAUAUCUAUUGUAAUAGAUUUUUCUAUCAAUGAUAAAACUCAUGUGAGAAUUAA